UUGGAAUUGAAGGGAAAGGAAGGAAGAGCAGAGAUCCUGGCAGCUUGCUUAGAAAGGAGGGUGGAUGUUUGCAAACUGAGAAGGCCGCAGGAACACAGUGACCAUAGAGUCACUGUAAGGACACUGGUAAGAUGUCAUGGCGUCCGACCUACCGAAGCUCCAAGUUUCGAAAUGUCUAUGGAAAAGUAGCCAACCGGGAGCACUGCUUCGACGGUGUCCCCAUCACCAAGAACGUCCAUGACAACCACUUUUGUGCCGUCAACUCCAAGUUCCUUGCAGUCGUCACCGAGAGUGCCGGCGGGGGCUCUUUCAUUGUUAUACCUGUAUCCCAGUCUGGCCGUCUGGACUCUCAUUACCCCAAAGUGUGCGGCCACCAAGGCAAUGUCCUGGAUAUCAAGUGGAAUCCCUUCUUUGAAAACAUCAUCGCAUCCUGCUCUGAAGACACCUCGGUGCGAGUAUGGGAGAUCCCAGAGGGUGGUCUGAGGCGCAAUAUGAUGGAGGCAGUGCUGGAGCUGUACGGUCACAGCAGAAGGGUGGGUCUGAUCGAGUGGCAUCCCACCAGCAGCGGCAUCCUCUUCAGUGCUGGCUAUGACUAUAAGAUCCUGAUCUGGAACUUGGAGAUCGGAGAACCGGUGAAAAUGAUCGACUGCCACACUGACGUCAUCCUCAGCAUGUCCUUCAACACAGACGGCAGCCUGCUGGCCACCAGCUGCAAAGACAAGAAGCUGCGAGUCAUUGAGCCACGCUCUGGGAGAGUCCUUCAGCAAGCCAGUUGUAAGAACCACCGUGUAAACCGAGUGGUGUUCCUGGGCAACAUGAAGCGGCUGCUCACCACAGGGGUUUCUCGCUGGAACACCCGGCAGAUCGCUCUCUGGGAUCAGGAGGAUUUGUUGAUGCCAAUUGUGGAAGAGGACAUCGACGGCCUCUCAGGACUGUUGUUUCCCUUCUACGAUGCUGACACACACAUGUUGUACCUGGCAGGAAAGGGGGACGGCAACAUCCGUUACUUUGAGAUCACCACAGAGAAGCCGUACAUCCAAUACCUAAUGGAGUUCCGGUCCCCGGCCCCACAGAAAGGACUGGGUGUGAUGCCAAAGCAUGGGUUGGACGUGGCAGCCUGCGAGGUGUACCGCUUCUACAAGCUAGUCACCCUGAAGGGUUUGAUUGAGCCCAUUUCAAUGAUUGUGCCAAGGAGGUCAGACACAUACCAGGAGGACAUCUACCCCAUGACAGCAGGAACAGAACCCGCGCUGUCGGCCAGCGAAUGGCUGAGCGGCAUUGAUAGAGACCCAGUCUUGAUGUCCCUGAAGGACGGUUACCACCGGCCAAACCAGUUAGUGUUCAAGGCCCCUGUGAAGGAAAAGAAGAGUGUGGUGGUGAAUGGGAUCGACUUGCUGGAGAACGUACCACCCAGGACAGAGAACGAGCUCCUGCGGAUGUUCUUCCGGCAACAGGAUGAGCUCCGGCGGCUGAAGGAAGAGCUGACCACCAAGGAUGUGCGAAUACGCCAACUGGAGCUGGAGCUCAACAACCUGAAGAACGUUAGCCCCAACAACGUCUGACCUCUUAGCCUCCUGGACUGGCAAAGCUGCUUCCUUUGCCCCCCCCAGUUCUGACCUCCAACGAGCUUCUGAGCCCUCCCACUCUGCUUUUUUGAUAUAUCCCAUUAUAUAAUAAGUUCAUUCCUGCCGCCCCGCAUAGUGCACACAAUAAUAUGAUAACUGUUGGAUAAUGUCUUAGCUGGUGCAAUUACUGGAAUAUUGUAAAAAUGACGAUAAUGAGUAAAGUAAUAGAGGCAAGGCAGUGUUCAUGGAUCGCCACCUUAGGGAAAGUUUGAGAUCCAGUCAAUUUUGGUAUUAUCUGUUUUUACAAAUUAAUAUUCUUGAUCUACUCCGAAGCAUUAUGAUUAAUUAGUGCAUAUUUUUUCGGCCAGACCGCCUAGGCGUUCCUCCAGGCAAAACUGGAGGAUGUAAAGACUGUCACUGGCUCCUGUUUUUCUUCCCCAAGACCUUAGACCCUGCCGCAGACACAGUUUGCAGCGAGCUGCAACAUCAUCUCAAAAUGGCUGACGUGAAGUAGUUUUGCACCUAAGAGACGAGAAGAGCGUUCAGAGACGUGGAUCAUGUUUUUCCACAGAGCUGCUUAUCCCAUUACUUCUUUUCUCACAUACAAAUGUUGGCUGUAAAUUUCCUUCACAACAGUUCCACAUAGCUACGCAAAAGCAGUCUUUUCCCAAGGAUAGUGGAUAGUUCAUUCACUUAAAGUAUUUUUUAUUCUUUAUUUAAAUAGUGGGAAAGCAGCUGGGGAGACAUGGAUCCAGAGGUGGUGGACUCGCUUAACCACUCAGAAAUAGUCUCAAGGGAAGCUUUGCAGGCUGAUAUUGGUUUUUAGGGCUAAUUUUGAGGGCGAUAAUGUAUAUUUGCUUCUAUUUAUUUGUCACAUUUUACCUUUUUAGCUAAUAACUUGUAUAUUUGUUAAUCCCAUUGUUUUUUGUAUGAUGCGGCUGCGCAAGUACUGAUUGUGAUGCUUGGUAGAUUUUGCUGAAUGUUUCCGGUUGCAAUUGUGCAAGAUUCGUGUGAAACUGUACCUUGGUAAAUGGUAUUAGUUUGACUCCAACAACAUGACAUGAGACGAGGUGUGAGAAUAUAUUCCUGCCUAUUCCUAACAGUACAGAAAACUGUAAUAAUAACCAUCCUUUUACAUUUAAUCUAAGUAUACUGAGACGUGUUUACCGUAGAUGUGUAAUUCUGCUCUAGAGACUCAAGGUUGCCUCUUCUUCUUCUCUCCUUCUUCACUUGCACCAUCAACAGACUUAGGCUAGAUUGCAUUUAAAUGCCUAUGUUUUACCAUCAAACAGUUUUUUUUUUUCCUUGCUGCCUGAAAUUUAAGAGAAGUGGAGACUGAAUUAACAUUUGAUUGGCUCUAUUGUGCCAGCCAGGUUCAAGCAGUUACCAAAAAGAUUCUGCUAAACAUGCCGUGUGUCUUUCAAUCCAAGCCCAGUCGGAUUCAGCCUGGAGUUAUUAUUGAUUCUGUAUUUUAUGGACCAGGAAAAGGAAAAAGAUGAAUCCACAUCAGGCACAACAAGAACGGAAUUUGUACCUUGAGAAAGUAAAAAGUAAGUUAGUUAAGGACUGAAGGUCACGUCUUUCCUGAUCACAUCACAGUGGAUGUAUAAAGGGUCCAAAGCUUUAUAGCUUCAGCUAAAACAAUCAGAAAAAAACAUAUGAACCCUUUAAAUGUAGACUUGAACCACUGACACAUUAAUGGUAAAUGAAUGUUUCUUCCAAGAUAAAUAAAAAGGCUACAGGGAAAGUAGACAUUGGGAAAGUGAUCUACCAGAGACGGAUGACCUUCAGUGAAAGACAGGACAGCUGUCAGGACCUCUCAUGUAGUUGUACUGAGGAUUAAAAUCUGACUGCUCAUUUUUGGGAAGGUAGGAUCACAAGGCAGAAAGGUUUUCAUGCAUUUAAAAUGACUGAAACUCACUCUGUACAACUGUUGAAUGGCUUUUUGGAUUUGACGAACUAGUGUUGCCAUGGAUCUGGUGAACUUUUUGGGAAACAGGCAAAUCCCAGCUUAUAUUAGUUGGGUUUGUUCUUUGUUAGUACUGGAGGUCUACAUCUCAUGUGGAGCUCCAGUAUCACAUCAGUCUACUGAAAAAAUGUAUCCUGGAUUGGUUUUCCAUGUGGAGAUA